AUGCCCGUCAAGACCGAGCCCAAGAUGAACCUGAUCGACUACCUCAUGAUCGAUCCGAUCACAGAACCCCUGCUUCCCGACGAUAUAUGGAAGAAGUUCGAGCUGGACUUCCCCGAGAUCAGCGGCGGGAUAGACGAUGUGUUCGAAGAGACUACGGUGUCCGUUAAGUCGGAAAUACCUUACCUGGACGACCUGUGCGAGAUAAGGAACCACGACUGCAUGUGGGCGGGCCAUUGCGGCAGCAAAGAGCACCCGAGCGACGAGAGCCACGCCCACUGCCUGAUGCGGCCGCCCGCCGUGCCGGUCAAGGUCGAGGUGGUGUGCCCGCCGCCGCCCCCGCAACAGAGCCUGCUCAAGCCCGCCGUGAGGGCGGCCAACGCGGCGCUGCCCCAAACGCCGCCCAUGUCCGAUGACGAGGAGUGCAAACGAUCCUCGACCAGCGUCCUCAAACUCCUCCACGACGCCAUCGAAGACUGCGACCUGGACGAAGAUAGCGACCUUUGCGACUACUUCGAGGACAAGGAGGAGGUGAACGUGGAGGACGACUUGGAGGAGGAGGAGGAGGAGCAGGAGAGGGCGAGGUCGAACAUCAUCAAAUCGUACCAGUUCGCCGCCGAGAGCGAUCACAGCUAUCACAAGGGCAAGGCGGCUGCGACGCACGUCCUCGGUAUAGAGACGCCUUCCGAUUCCGGUGAGUCGUUGAUUGUUGGUUGUUUGUUUGUUUUUUUUGUGGUUUUAUGUUGGGUUCGUUGGAUAACGCGAAAAAAUGUUAGUCCAAAAAAAUCUGCGAAUACAAUGAUUGAUAGUCCAAUGGUUCUAGAAAAGCAAUCAAUUCUAGGAUGA